AUGAAUGAUAAUGCUCCUGUCUUCUCUAUCAGGGAACAGAUCCUGAACAUGGCUGAACUGAUAACAGCAUCUGGUACCCAGUUCCUCUUAGAGAGAGCAUCUGAUGCAGAUAUUGGUACUAAUGCUCAGUUAACAUACAAGCUCAGCCCAAGCAAUCAUUUUGCUCUUGAUUUAGGAAAUGAUGAAGAUGAGAGUAAAUCUGUAGUACUUCUAUUGAAGGUUCCACUUGACAGAGAGGAGAGCCCUGUGCAUCAUUUAGUACUGACAGCCACUGAUGGGGGUGAACCAAAACUCACAGGAACUGUUCAGCUAGUCAUCAAUGUGCUGGAUGUCAAUGACAACCCUCCUGUGUUUAACCAAUCUGUUUACAGAAUAAAGUUGAUAGAAAACACAAUCAGUGGUUCAUUAGUUAUUAAUCUGAAUGCUACAGACUUAGAUGAGGGGAUUAAUAGGGAAAUCUGUUACUCUUUUCAUGAUAGUGUUGCUCUACAUGUCACAAAGUCGUUUAGUAUAAAUUCUGAUACUGGGGAAAUCAGAGUAAUUGGAAAAUUGGAUUACGAAGAAAGUAGGUUCUAUGAACUUCCAAUUGUAGUACAAGAUAAAGGCAGUUCUCAAUUAACUGGGCACUGUAAAGUUCUCAUUGAGGUUUUGGACAUGAAUGACAACAUUCCAGAACUAUCUGUGAAUUCUCUCUCUGUGCCAUUGCCAGAGAACUCCCCUCCAGGGACUGUGGUAGCCAUCAUCAGUGCUUCUGACAAGGAUUCUGGAAUCAAUGGACAGAUAAACUGUUUCCUCUGGCCCACUGGUGUACCCUUCAAACUUGAAUCUACAUUCAAGAAUUACUACUCCCUGAUUGUUGGUGCAAUCCUAGAUCGAGAGCAGGUGGCUGAGUACAGGAUGGUUGUGACAGUUGAAGAUCAGGGCGUUCCACCACUAUCUUCUAGUCUCACCAUUUUAGUGCCUAUUAGUGACAUAAAUGACAAUGCUCCGGCUUUCACACAGCCCUCCUACACAGUCUUUGUGAAGGAGAACAAUCCCCCUGGUGCUCACAUCUUCACAAUGUCUGCUGGGGACCCAGAUAUAGCUGAGAAUGCCCUGAUCACCUAUUGGAUAGAUGAGAAGCUCUGGCCAUUGUCAAGCUACAUCUCUGUACAUUCAGAGAGUGGAAAACUUUAUGCUUUGCAGUCCUUGGACUAUGAGGAGUUGAAACUGCUGGAGUUCCAUGUGAGAGCCAAGGAUGCUGGAAUGCCCUCCUUGUGUGGCAAUGCGACUGUUCAAGUCUUUGUGAUGGAUGAGAAUGACAAUGCACCUGCUCUGUCAAGGUCAUCAGAAGAGAACCUGAUUCUUCUAGUGGUCCCCAUGAUGCCUGGGCAUAUUGUAGGCAAGGUCCAUGCCUUGGAUGCGGAUUCUGGAUACAAUGCAUGGCUAAAGUAUGAAUUGGUUGAAGAAAGCAAUAGUCCAUGGUCUGUGGGGCAGUAUAGUGGUGAGGUGAGUACCAAAUAUUAUCUGGAUGAAUCUGAAGGAAGCAAAAUCCAGAGUAUCCUUGUUCUUGUGAAGGACCAUGGAAAACCUCAACUGUCAGCUACAGCCACGUUGAGUGUGUCACUUGUGACAAGCAGUGAGACAAUCAAAACGUAUAUUAAUCCUCAAAGAUCAGGGGAAAGCUUCGUGCCCCUGGUGGACUCAAUCAACGUCUAUCUGAUCAUUGCCAUCUGCUCUGUUUCCAGCCUCUUCUUGUUGGCCACUCUCAUCUACAUGGCCCUGCGAUGCCACUGCAAGGAAAAGGAACCCAUGGUGUAUGGCCCUGGCAUGGCCACCCUGGUGUGUGCCAGCGAAGUGGGCAGCUGGUCCUAUUCCAAUCGCCACAGCCACAUCCUGGCAGGGCUGAGUGCAGAGGCUGGUGUCAAGAGCGAUCUCAUGAUUUUCAGUCCCAAUAUUCCUGUCUUUGCAGAUAAUGGGGAAUUUAUCAAUGGGGUGGAUGUGCCCCCAGAUUCUGCUAAAAAGACAGGCCCCUGUGACCUGCCCAAAGCUGUUCCAGACACACAGAGCUACGUUAUUGAGGUGGUUUCAGAAAAUGCUCUUCUGAAGCCUCUGUAG